CGCCCUCGCAUGACAAGCGGCGCCUCAGCGGAAGCGCGCCGUUCGGCUCACUCGAGCAUUGUGUAGUACGCUCUGCACCUACCCGUCUAGGUAUAAAACCGUGCGAUUGACAUUCCACGAUUCGCUUUUUGGCGUCCGUUGACGCUCUGUGCGUGCACUUUGUGCUGGUUUGAAUAACCGCAACAGCCGACAGCCUAGAAGACGGCAGCGCUUCUCAGCUGCUGCACGCUACUACUACGCUACGCCGCCGCGUAAGACACUCGGGGAAAGAAAGGCCACACAGACAACGAUGUCUGGUUCGAUGCACUCCGAUGCUGCGACGUCUACCUCUGCUGCGCGCCGAUCCAGAACACGGGUUCUGCAAGCGCGACUAUGCUGUCGUACUUCGCUUCAGCAUCUAGAAGCGCGUGCGGCAAUUUGUGGGAGAAGCACUGGCUGGUGAUCUUCGACUACGGCGAGGACGUGGUACUCGUCUGCGACGCAGACGUGGACCACGCUGGAGACCUGACGGGUCGCAAGUGCUGGAAGAAGCGAACUGUCCUCAAGGAGACCUACUCGUGCAAGAAGCACCUGGGAAAACGCCGAGUUCCGAGGACCCGCAUCGAGGAGGUCAUGAAAGGGAUGUGCGACUCGGGCCGCUACCAUGUGACGAACAACAACUGCCAGAAGUGGGCCAAGGAGCUACUGCGUCGGCUGGGCAUACAGGCGCCCUCGGGUGAACGCGACGCCCAAGCCGUGCUCCAGGAAGUCGUCCAGCCAGCCGCCACCAUGGGCCUCGGCUCCGUGGUGCUGUAUGGCGCCGUGAGGGCGGCUAAGUUCGUCUUCACCAGGGGACUCUUUUAGGAGCAACAAGACUAGCAGGAAUGGCGCCGUAUUCCUUCGCGGCCGAUUCCGCUUCGCUGCAACUCAACAGCACAUCGAACAAUAGAUGAAGAUGCUUGUCCAGAGAUUAUCUUGCUCCCAAACCUUUUGCGUAGUACCGGGCUACCAGAUUAACCGGGGGCAUAAACGUGAGCGGCCGCAUAGGUGGCGGAGAGCUUUAACUACAUAGCGUUGCAGUAACUUCGUUGCAGUAACUAGUAUAUUGUACUUUGCUGCUGGCGACGGCAGCGACGGAAGUCCUUCAGAAAUCCUUCAUAAAUUCUUGUUUCGGCGAGAAUGCCCAUGUAAGACAAAAAUAACUAUAACGCGUUCUGGUUAGGCAAAGCGUCGGUAACAGCGCCGUUGCUGCUGACCAUAUCUCCGGUAACCUGAUGUACGGUUUAGGUUAAUUAAUCUAUCUACGGACGAGCUAAGAAUCUCCACACCUGCUAUAAAAUUGUCACUUCCUUAAACCCGUUUUUGCCGCCUUGUGAUCACUGAGCUCAAGUGCAUACAGAAUUUAAAGGGAAAAUGAAAUACUUGCCGUCGAUUUCAAAAAUUGCUUCAAUAGGAUCGGAGUUAAAUGAAAAGAAGUAAUGCACUUCCAAAACAGCUAUUCGGGAAGGAAAUACUAAAAACACGCACCUAAUAAACAAUUGUGCUUAGUAAUAAACGACACUCUGCUUUCAACUGUCAACCUUCCCUACUAUGUGGAAGGUUGCAUCGUGAAACGUGAUCGAAAAGGAAGGCUUAAUAACAUCACUGUGACACCUUUUACGGACAUAAAAAUACAGUUACCAUAUUUCCUAUAAAAUAGGCAGCAAAGGUGCAAAUCUGUCGCCGCCACUGUUUUGAAAAGUUGAGUUAUAAAACAGGAUUUUUGCUAUUCUUCGGUAAUUUGCCCAAGAGGGAAAAUUACCGAAGAGAAGCGUACUUCUUAAACGUUAGUAACCACGUGAGUCCAACAAAAAAAGAAUAAAGCAUUCCUUAUUUUCA